AUAGAGGGCGCUAAGUGUAUAUAAACAUGAAAAGGAAGUGACAGACAUUCACUUUCUUAGUUAUUUUUCAGUCUCAGGAUUGUGACAAGGAAAUUUGUAAUAAUGAGAACUUUAUUGAUAUCAUGUGCUUUGUUGGCGUCUGUGUAUGCAGUAUGUCCCCCGGGAGGAUACUGCCCUUUGUCUAAUGUGGAAGCUAACGCCGUUGUACAAGAAAUGGCCCAGUUUGCCCUCAAUGCAUAUGCAGCCAAAUCACACGACGUCUCGUCAUGUGAUGGAACCUUCACAGUUAAACAUGCUAGUACACAGGUGGUUGCAGGUAUUAACUACAAGAUGACUGUGGAAGCUACCUGUGGAGGACAGACAACCUUGUGCCAGUUUAUUGUGUUUGACCAGUCCUGGACCAAGACGAGAGAGCUGACCUUUGACCACUGCACCACCAGUCAUAAUCGUUUAGCUUUGGUUGGGGGUUUAUCUCAUGCAGAUACAAGUAAUGCCCAGUUCCUGGAUGCCAUGAAAUAUGCAGCAUCCCAAGUUGACAUGCAGAGCAACAGCAUGUACAAAACUACCCCUGUUCACUACAGCCAUUGUUUCCAGCAGGUUGUAGCUGGUAUGAGAUAUGUGUGUGACAUCACCUUAACUGAAAACUCCUGUAUGAAGGGAGACACAACAGAGCUCUCUCUGUGUUCAGUUAAAAGCAAUGGAUUUUCCACCACAUGGCAUGUGGAUAUUGUGUCCCAGCCCUGGAUGCCCAACAAGUACACAAUCCAGACACUAACAAUGAAGGAAAACAUUGAGGUAGAACCAGAAGACUUACAAACCCAGAAAUUGAAAGUGCUGAAAGAGAAACUUGGAUUAAAAUUGAAGUCAAAUUCAGCACAAAAGAUAAAUGAAGCAUUUAACUGCAAAGGAAAGAUCUGCAAGUCUGGCAAAGAUCUUUUAAAUUUAGGAUAUCAGCUGGUUAACAUGAGAAAAAAUAAAAUGAAAUCCGAUAGAAAAAUGAUGGGUCUCACAAAACUGUUGGGAAAAGAUGGGCAUGAUUUGAAACCACAUGAAAAGCAAAAUUUGAUUGGUGGAGAUGGACAUGAUUUAAAGCCACAUGGAAAGCAAAAUUUGAUUGGUGGAGAUGGUCAUGAUUUAAAGCCACAUGGGAAGAGUUUGAUUGGUGGAGAUGGACAUGAUUUAAAACCACAUGGAAAGAGAAAGAGUUUGAUUGGUGGGGAUGGACAUGAUUUAAAGCAACAUGGAAAGCAAAAAUUGAUUGGUGGAGAUGGACAUGAUUUAAAACCACAUGGAAAGCAAAAAUUGAUUGGUGGAGAUGGGCAUGAUCUGAAGCCUCAUGGUAAUGUGAAUGUGUUGGAUGGAGGAGCUUUGUUACUUAAUGGAAGUCCCAUGUUUAAGGGCAGUGUUGGGGAUCUUUGCCAGUGGGGUGUGUUCCAAAAUUUUCAAGAGAAAUAUAAGAGACUCUACAUGUCUAAAGAAGAGGAGAAGAAAAGAUUUAAAAUAUUCUGUGAGAAUAUGAAAAAAGCCCAGAAGAUGCAGGAUAUUGAGAAAGGAACAGCAGUAUAUGGAAUCACAAAAUUUGCAGACAUGUCAGAAUCUGAAUUUAAGCAGUAUGUUGGCAGUCUUUGGGACCAGAAUGCUAAUAAAGGAAUGAAAAAGGCAGCCAUUCCCAAAUUCAAGUCUCUACCUAAAAAUUUUGACUGGCGUGAACAUGGUGCUGUGACAGAAGUUAAAAAUCAGGGAGCUUGUGGGUCAUGCUGGGCUUUCUCUACAACUGGAAACAUAGAGGGACAAUGGGCCAUUCAAAAGAAAAAACUCAUCUCUCUGUCUGAACAAGAGCUGGUGGACUGUGAUAAAGUGGAUGAGGGUUGUAAUGGUGGAUUACCAAGCCAGGCCUACAAAGAAAUCAUCAGAUUAGGAGGACUGGAGAGUGAGACGGACUAUCGCUAUAAAGCACACGAUGAAAAGUGUACAUUUAAUAAAUCAAUGGUUCGAGUGAAAAUCAACAGCUCAGUCUCCAUCUCCAGCAAUGAGACAGAGAUGGCAGCAUGGUUGGUGAAGAAUGGACCCAUCUCUAUCGGAAUUAAUGCCUUUGCAAUGCAGUUUUACAUGGGAGGAAUAUCACAUCCCUGGAAAUUUUUUUGUAAUCCAACAAAACUAGACCAUGGAGUGUUAAUUGUUGGUUAUGGUGUUGAGGGAAAUAAGCCAUAUUGGAUUGUGAAGAACAGCUGGGGCCCUGACUGGGGAGAAAAGGGUUAUUAUUUAGUUUAUCGUGGAGCAGGGGUUUGCGGUCUGAAUACCAUGUGCACCUCAGCUGUCGUCAACUAAGAAUCAAACAACAAAAGUGAUAUACACAUUUAGCCUAUCAUCUUUUUCUAGUCUACAUUAUGAAUUGUUUAUGUUGCAUAAUAUUUGAUAGAUUUAUUGUUAAUGCUGUGCCUCAAAUACUUCAUGCUUCAAUGAAAUAAAUAUCGAACCAUAAACUAGAGAAAAACAUCUCACAAAUUUGACCAACUCUUUUGCCUGCCAAUAGAAAACUUUAUUGCUUAAAAUACGGUAUUGCAAAAAAGAUUUGUUUUAGUGUUAUUUAAAAAAAAAUAUAUACAAAUAGUCUUUAUGUUGUUGAAAAAUAUUUUUUUUAAAACUGCUAGCUAGUUAUAGCAAUACAUGUGCAUUAUACAAAAAUACCCAUGUUAAAUGGAGAUCAUACUUGUUAAUAUUUUUUCAUAUUGUAAUUAUUGUAAUACUUUCAAAAUAUUCAGUCUGUGAUAUUUUGUACACACCUUUGCUAAAGAUGAGAGUAUACUGUUCAGUGGUUUAAAUGAAAAGAAAGAAAACAUUUGUUCACACUACAUUUUCCUUUUGUUUAUUAAAAAAAAUUGUUGAAAAAAUGUGAAGUCAGGUGCUGCAUUUUACACCUGAUGCGAAUUUUUCACAAGGGAUAUUGAGAUUGUUAAUGUUGGUAUAGCCUAUAUGUACAUAUUCACCAGUGAUAUGUGUUUUGUACUGUAUAUACUCGCCUACAAGUAGGAUUUUGGGGAGGUAAAUUUUGGGCCUAAACUCUAUGUCUAACUUAUAAGCAAGUCCUAGAGACAUAAGUAUUUUUUAAAAUAAUUUCAGUAUUAUCAUUGACAAAUGUGGGAACAUGCUUGAAAAGUAGAUCUAAGGUUACAAUAAGUAUUACGUACAAGUCCUUACUGAUUCUAAUGAUCUUAAUUUUGAUUGAAUUGUUAGGUCACCUGAGUAAACUCAGGUGACCUAUUGCUAUCUGUUUUCAUCCGUCGGCGUGCGUCGUCCGUCGUGCGUUAACAUUUGAACAUUUUAAGCUUCUUCUCUGGAACCACUAAACCAAUUUCAACCAAAUUUGGCACAUAGCAUCUAUAUGUGAAGGGGAGUAAAAAUUGUGAAAUUCAUGACCCCUACCCCCCUGGGGCCUGAGGGGUGGGGCUAAAACCAUCAGAAUUAAUGCAGUGUUUAAAAAUCUUCUUCUUUACUCCUGGGCAUCAAGCAGGCAAACUGUUGGCAUGAAUGUAAUAAGCAUUGAGCCCUCUACCUAAAUUGUGAAAUUUAUGGCCCCAGGGUCAGGGGUUCUGGUGCUAGGGUGGGGCUCUGUUGAAUAUAUAGUGAUAAUGCAUUAUUCUUAAAAAAUCUUCUCCUCUGCUCUUGGGUAUUUAGGAAACAAACAAUAUGCAUAGUUAUGAUGAGGAAAGGUGUCUCUUCUAAAAUUGUGAAUUUCAUGGCCCCUGGGUCAGGGGUUCUGGUGUUAGGGCGGGUAUCUAAUGAUUAUAUAGUGAAAAUGCAUUAAUUAUUCAAAAAUCUUCUCCUCUGCUCCUGGGUAUUAAGCCGAUGAACUAAGUACAUAGUUAUGAUGAGAAAGAGUGCUUCUUCCAAAAUUGUGAAUUUCAUGGCCCAAGGGUCAGGGGUUCUGGUGUUAGGGUGGGGCUCUGUUGAAUAUAUAGUGAUAAUGCAUUAUUUCUUUAAAAAGCUUCUUCUGUGCUCUUGGAUAUUAUGAAAACAAAAUAAAUACAUAGUUAUGAUGAUGAAAGGUGCCUCUUCCAAAAUUAUGAAUUUCAUGGCCCCAGGGUCAUGGGUUCUGGUGUUAGGGCAGCGUUCUGUUGAAUAUACAUGUAUAGUGAAAAUGCAUUAUUUCUUUUAAAAAACUUCUCUGAUCCAGGGCAAACAAACUGAAGGCAUAGUUAUGAUGAAUAAGGGUGCCUAUUCCUAUAUUGUGAAUUUCAUGGCCCCCUGGUCAGGGGUUCUGGUUUUAGGGCGGGGCUCUAAUGAUUACAUAGUAAAAAUGCAAUACUUCUUCGACAAUCUUCUCAUUUUCUCCUGGGUAAUAAACCGAUGAACUAAGAGUAUAGUUAUGAUAUGUAAGGGUGCCUGUUCCAAAAUUGUGAAAUUCAUGGCCCCUAGGUCAGGGGUUCUGGUGUUAGGGUGGGGCUCUGUUGAAUAUAUAGUGAUAAUGCAUUAUUUCUUUAAAAAUCUUUUUCUUUGAUCCUGGGUAUUUAACAAACAAACUGAUGCAUAGUUAUGAUGAGAAAAGGUGCCUCUUCCAAAAUUAUGAAUUUCAGGGGUUCUGGUGUUAGGGUGGGGCUCAAAUGAUUACAUAGUAAAAAUGCAAUAAUUCUUUGAAAAUCUUCUUCUUUCCUCCUGGGUAUUAAGCCGAUGAACUAAGAGUAUUAAGCUGCUGAACUAAGAGUAUUGUUAUGAUAUGUAAGGAUGCCUCUUCCAAAAUUGUGAAUUUUAUGGCCCCUGCAUCAAUGUUCUGGUGUUAGGGCAGGGCUCUAAUGAUUACAUAGUGAUAAUGCAUUAAUUCUUUGAUAAUCCUCUGCUCUCUUUCUGGGUAUUAAGUAAGCUUACUAAAUGUAAAAUUAUGAUGAGCAAGUGUGCCUCUUUCGAAAUUGUGAAUUUCAUGGCCUCUGGUUUAAAACAUGAAUCCAUUGUGGCGAAGUUGUUGCAUGAUACUCAGGUGACCUAUAAGGCCCGUGGGCCUCUUGUUAAUUAAUUAUCAAACACUGGUAAAUACACUAGAAUAUUAAUCUGAAAUUGGGACAAAUCUUGGCUAAAAACCGUACCAACUUAUAAGCUGGUCAGUGGCAAUUCCUCUAAGAUUACAUGAAAAAUACAAUGAACUUACAGGCAAGUGUAUACGGUAAAUUAUUUUCUGCUUUGUUAACUAUAUCAUUAUGUGUAUUAUUUGUUUGUACAUUAUAAUCAUGUUUUUGAACUUUUAUAUAUGGUACAAAAUUUCUUGUUUAAAUGGAAAAUUAAUCAUUGUUUAAAUUGUUCAAAUCUUAAAAUUGACUGUUACUGGUAUAUACAAAAUAGCUGUGUUUCAUAUGCAGUUAUAUUAACAUAUUUCCUUCAUACCAAGUUACUGAAUAUUUGGCAAUGAGCAUUAGUUUGUAUUAAGAAAUAGCUAUUCCCAGUACUUAACAGUUUUUAUUUUAUGUUAAUGUACAAAUCCUUAUUCAUCAUUAGGAAUUUGAUAAAUAUUAUGUGCCACAUUUAAUUCUUACAAUUUUUUUCAUUGUUGUUUUAAGGGAUAUUUUUAUGAACAAAUUUAUGUGAAAUUUUCAUGUAUGUUGAUUCAUAAUAAAUAUAAUAUUCACCUUUCACAUAAAUAA